AUGUACGACCUGCUUGUGGAAAGAGAAGCACUAAAACGCAAAAUCAAGCGGUUGAGAGACACAGAAAGCAAUCAUGGAUACAACAACGCUGCUGAACAAAACGAGAAAGAGUUAAAACGAUGUAUGGAUAGGUUAAAAAGUCUUGAAAAAGAAAAAAUGAAAAGUUUAGAACACUUUGCAGAGCUAAAAAAUGAAAUAAAGAAAUACAAAACAGAGAAGGAAAGGGAACUUAGAGAAAAGAUCAGAGGUGCUACGGUAAAAUAUCUGAAUGAAAUUAAUUCGUGGCAAAACGUUGGUAUCGAGCAUUAUAAAAGAAUAGAACACAUAAAGAAGAAAAUGCACAAUUUUACGAAUUUCAAGAACCAGCUGCAAAGGGCGGGCAGACAGAUCAGGGAUGACAUUAUAAAGGGGUUGGAGAGUGCCGUUGAGUCUCUCAUGUUCAAAGAGGACAAGUUAGUCGAUCUCUUGAUGAAGAUGGAGGAGAUGUAUGCGAUUGAACAAUUCUUUCACGAAUGCAUAUUUGUGAACAUGGUCUAUGCUACGAUUUACGACAACUUUUCCUUCCAUUUCUUUACGCAGAAGGAUACGAACAGGCUGGACAAGCCCGAAUGGUAUUUCAAAUUUAUUCUUGAUCAGCUGGAGAAGUACAAGUUUGUGUGCGAGUGCUAUGAUUCGGUAGUUCUUGAAAACAGAAAAAGUAGAAUCAACAAAAAUGUUAUAUCGCAGACGGCACGAGAGGGCUUUCUGGAGGAGACUGAGCUCAAAAGUAAUGAAAGAAGCAUGAACAAUCUGAUAGAGAGGAUUUACAGCAUUGUGGAGAUAAAGCUCAACGAAUUGAAGAAGUGUAAAAGUGAACAGAAGCGAAAUCUUUUGUUGCAUUUUACCGAGGAAUAUCUUGUAUUUAAGAGGGAACUGAGGGAGAAGUACAGUGUAAAUUUCAACAUAAUGGAACUUGCCGACAGCGUUAUGAGGGUACAAAAAGAGUACAUUGCCAACAGCUUGCACGACAUACACUGUGGCGAUAGCAAAGAAUGGUUUGAGAACUACCAAAGAAUUUACAAGGAGAAUUUCUUCCUGGCGUUCUCAUACGUAUCGCUGCAGAACAACAUUUUCAACGACCUCAUAGACUUUAUCAGCAAAUUCAUCAUAGAGUACCAGGAGGUCUUUAUAGACAAGAUGAGUUUUGUCGGGAAGGAAGAAAAGCGUAUGCUCUGUUUCUUGAUAGUUGGGAUAGACAAGCUCAAGAACUUCCUCAGGCUGGAGGAGUCGCUGUUUAUUCUGCAGAUGGAAAACAAAACCGUAGAUUUCAACGUUGAGAUUCUGAAAAACAUACAUAUUGACACGCUGAAGUUCAUCGAUUUCAAUAAUUCGAACAUAAAAUUACUCAAAACCAUUAUUUAUCACGAGAUUAGCCAGGUGCUCGUCAAUUUCAUGUACUUUAACAGCAUCACCAAGAAGUCUCUCGUGCAGAAUUGUUCUGAAAUAUCGAAAAUCGUGACGUUCUAUUGUGAACAGCUAGGCCCGUACAGAGUACUUACAGAAAGCUUCAUAUUUGGCAAAAUAGACAACUUCAUGGUUGAAAAAAUUGUGCUGCAGAACAAGUUUGAUUCGGAGGUGCUGUUCAUGUACAAAGAAUUGGUGCAGCGUGUCAUGCAUAUGUGUGAAAGCAAGACCGAUUGGAUGUGUUUGCAGGCAUGCAAGAGCUUGGAGGAUAUUUUCAACGGUGUGAAAGAAGGAGAUUCGUUCUUCAGCAAAAUAUACGAGGUGUACAGAUAGAACGCUAGAAAUAAAUAAAAUCUUAUGGUACAACGUAGCGCAAUCAGCUGGUCAAAGACUUGUUUUAAUUUGCAAAACAUUUGAAGAGAGUUGAUCAGAGUAGUUGGUACUCAUUUAUGAUCCAAAGACUGGUUAUCUUGGUUGUUCCAGCGGACUAGAAAGUGUUUAUGAACGUAAAAAUGGCAUGUAAGGUAAAUAAAU